AUGGCGGACCCCCCACCCCCAGCGACGAAGCCGAAGCCGGGCUCGCUGCGCGACCGCAUCGCCGCCUUCGAGAAGCCUGCGAGCAGCAGCGACAAGCCCGCCCCGCCGCUGCGUCCGAAGCCGGGGACGGUGGCGUGGAAGCCACGGGCGCCCAGUCCGUCUGGCGAGGCCAAUCUUAGCGAGGACGGCAAAGAAGGAGGAGAGGGAAGAGGAGCGGGGAAGGGCGGGAUGAGCGCCCACGACGCGCAGGAGGCGGUCGGGCGCGCGGGGGGCAGUCUUAAGGAGCGCAUGGCGGCGUUACGGGGGCAGGGCGCGUUUGGCGGGGCGCCGGCGCCGGAGCCAAAGGUGGUGGGCACGGGGAGGAAGUGGGUGCCCCCGCCGAAGCCGGUCGUGCAGGAGGGCGAGAGCGAGGAGGGAGCGAGGAUAGCGCCCGGGAGGACCCUGCGCCUGCUGGAGACACCGCUCCCCCCCGACACCCAAGAGCCAGCCGCAUCUGACGACGCCGAGAAGCCCGGCGCCGACGCAGCGGUCGACCCCGAGGAGGAGGAGCGCCAGCGCCGCGCCGCGCUCGCCGCGCGCAUGGCCCGGCUUGGCGGCGCGCGCGUGGGCAUGGGCCCGCCCGUGUUCGGCGCGAAGCCCAAGCCGCCGCCGAAACGCUCGAGCACGGGCGAGGAGGCGCAGGGAGACAAGUCGGCGUCAGCCUCGCCUGCGAUACCGGCGACGGUUCCAGCAGCGGUGGCGACGGAAUCGCCCGCAAGUUCACCCGCUAUCCCAACCAAAACACCGUCCAUCGAUGCAGUAGAAGAGCCGGCGAGCGUGUUGGAGGCGGAGAAAGAAGAAACUAAACCAGAAGACCCCACCGCCUCUCCUAUCCCCGCUCCCGCUCCCGCUCCCGCUCCAGCACCGGCGCAGACCCCAUCGCCCGCGCACUCGCCCUCCCCGCCCGCGAUGCCGAUGCCCGCGGCCCCGCGUCGGGCGGCGCCGCCAAGAAAGAAGCGCGCGCCGUCCCCGGUGCCCGAGCCCGAGCACGAGCACGAGCCCGAGCCAGUUGCUGUGCCGGUCGAGGAGGCGAUGGAAGAUGCGCUGCUGCCGGUGGAUGAACCCGCAGCAGCACCAGUUCCAGUACCAGCGACACAAAAAGAAACAGCUGUAGAGGAAGGCCAAAAGGAGGUGGUAGUUGUGGAGACUAUCGCGCAGCCCGCUGCUGUCGAGCCGGAGGAAGAAAGCGAGGAGCAGCCGCAAGAACAGGACGUCGUGGGGACGCCGCUGACGCGCAAGGGGUCCGCGCGAGCUGCGGUCCCUGUCCAGAUUCCGGUUCGGAGUCCACUGGCGAGGGAGGCGGGUUCGGACGAGGAGGAGGAGGAUGAUAUCACAAGUGCGGCGCGUGAUGAAGAGGACGAGAUGGAAAAAACCGCAGACGAAAGGAAAGCAGAGGAGGCGGUUGUACAUGAGCCCGAGCCUGAGCCGGUCCGCGCCGUCCCACCCCCACCGCCGCCGGGCCUGUCUCCCCGCCAAGAAUCCGUCCCAGCUGAGGUCGAGGUCGAUCAAGACGAAGAACAGGUCAAAGAAUCCCACUCCGAAGAGCCCGCGCUGCACGAGGAACCCCAAGCGAUUGCCGAAGAGCCCGCUCAAUUACAAGAAGAAGAACAAAGCGAGGAAGACGAGGAGGCGGCGCGCAAGCGGCGCGUGAUGGAGCGCAUGGCGCGUAUGGGCGGGGUGAACCCGUUCGCGGCGCAGAUCGCGAGACGAGACUCGGCCGAGGCUCCCGCUGCUGUUCAAGCUGAAGACGAAACACCGGCUGAGACUACAGAUGAAGGAAGAGAUGCCGAAGAUGAGGAGGAGGCAAGGCGGGAGCGCGUGCGCGCGCGGAUGGCGGCGAUGGGCGGGCGGAACCCGUUCGCGGCGGCGGCAAUGGUGGGCAGCCCGCCGGCUGAAGGGGAAGAGAAGGGUGAUAGCGAUCCGGGCGCCGAUUCCGAAGCUCAAGACAACGACCACGUGCACGCGCAUCAACAUCAGCCCGUGCGGCGGCUCGUGCGCGAGGAAGACAUCGACCGCGAGGACGAUCAGGAAGACGUUCCAGAUCAUGAUCAAGAAGAGGAAGCGCCGCCGCCGCCCGUGCCGCACGGCCGCCGGCCGGAGUUGGGGAUGACGGGCGCGGAGGACCCAAGGCUCGACCGCAACGAGGACGACGGUGACGGCGACCUGGAGGAAGAAGAGGUCGCGGUGCCCCCGCCGCCGCCGCCGAGGUUCGUAGCGCCGCCGCCGCCGCCGAUCGGCCCGCCGGUUCCGGUGCAGCUCGCGGCGGACGAAGGAGAAGAGGAGGCGGAGGAGGAGGAAGGAGAAGAGCUCCCCGCGCCACCGCCCCCGCCGCGCCCGGUCGGGGAGCACAGGAGGUCGAUCCCGCCGCCGCCACGGGCUGUCCCGACCCCGCCCGCGUCGGCCCCGGUCCCGAUGGCGCCGGCUCCGCCGAUUUUGAGGGAAGUUGACGGGAGUGACGAGGAGAAGGAAGAGCAGGACUGGGAUGAGGAGGAAGAGGUGGUGAUCCCGCCGCCGCCGCCGCCGAGGGGGACGCGGCCGGUGUCGAUGGCGCCGCCGGUCCAGCUCCAGCAGGAGGAGGAGCAGUAUGCAGAGGAGGAGGAGGAGGAGGUUGUUGCGGUGCCCCCGCCGCUGCCCAAGGGCCGGCACGUCGUUUCACCGCCGGUACCAGCAGCAGCUGGGAGUCCGAGUCCGCCGGCGCGCCGGUCCGUCCCGCCGCCUCCGCCGGAACAAGAGUACGACUCUGAACAGGAGGAAGAGGAGUACGAGGAGGGCGAGUUUGAAUCGGCGCCGUCGUCCCCGCCCGCUGCUGCCCCGCCCGUGCCCAUUCCGGCCCCGCACCCAAGACCGGGGGCGAUCAACACUGCGGGAGGGAGAGCACGGGAGGUGUAUGCGGAGGGGCUGCUGUCGCCGGUGUCUGCGACGAUGGAUGUGGGGAUGAAAAGGGGGAGUGUUGUGAGCGUGCCGAGCGCGAGAGAGGAGGUGCUUGAUGAGGAGGAGGGUGAUCCAAUUGAUCCCGCGUUCCACAGCCCGAGCCGGCGCGGGUCGAUGGUGGACAUUGCGGGUGCGGCGCGGGGGGAGGCGGGGUCGCCGCCUGCCGACGUUUUGCAGAGUACAGCUGACGAGGAGGCCGAGAGCGAGGCGGCAAGGCGCCGGACGAUCGCGGAGCGCAUGGCGAAGCUCGGCGGGAUCCGGUUCGGCGCGGCGCCCAUUCCAGUGCCCGCACCGCGUAGUCGGCCCUCGCAAGAUGAAGAUGAGCAACAGGAGGCAGAGAGGGGCGAGAUUGAUGAGGAAGAGGAGGAAAAAGCAAGGAAGGCACGGAUCACAGCGAAACUGGCGGGGAUGGGCGGGCUCCGGAUCGGGAUGGUGCCCGGGAUGGGGCUGCCGGCGCAGCGGUCGCACGUGUUGCGCGAAGAGCAGAGGGAGGACGGGGAGGAGGAGGACGGGGGGAGGGUCGAGGCGGAGGAAAGCGAGAGGGAGGGGAUCGGAUACGACGAGGCCCAGGAAGAAGAGGCGCCGCCGCCGGUGCCCAAGCGCGGGCCGCAUCAGCGCCAGUCGAUCCCCGUCCCGAUCCCCGCGCCGGCGCCACAGGCCAGUCCCCCGGGCCCGGUCCCCGCGGGCCGCCCGCCGAUCCCGAGCGGGCUGCCCCCGAACCGGCGCGCGAGCACGCAGAUGUCGGGAAGCGCGUCGGCGUCGCGCAAGUCGUCGACGGAUACAACGGCGUCGAGCGCGAGCAGACGGGCGUCACGCGCACCUCCGCCGAUGCCGCCGACGCCCGCGCAAGAGUUCGUCAUGGUGGACGCGGAUCCGGAGGUGGAGCAGAUGGACGAGGCCCCGCCGCCGCCUGCGAGGCCCACGAGUCGGGUGCCGCCGCCGCGGAGCGUACCGGCGACGCCCGCACCCGCGCCGGAGACGUCGGAUGCAGAGAGCUGGGAGCUGCCGAGCAUGUCGAUGUCGGGGACGCUCGACUUCGGGGGCGGGAUCGAUACCACCUUUGGGAGCACCGUUGAGGCGACUGUCGCUGCUGCGGCCACCCCACCAAGACCGCGCUCGAGUCAGCAGAAGCCCGAGGGCGCGCCCAACAUCCCAGCAAAGGACCGGGAGUACACGCCGGAGGAGCUGGUCGCCAUAUGGGGCCGCGUGGGCGUGCACGUGUGCGAGGCGGCGGCGGGGCUGCUCGAGCGCGGCCGGCGCGGCCUCGUGGGCGACGGGAGCUAUGCCGGGUUCGUGGCGGCUGUGCUGCGGGAGGUGCCCUCCGCGGCGCCGGCCCCCGGCCCGGGUGGUGGCGGGUACGGCGCGCUGGUGUACGCGCAGGCGGGGGGCACGGUGCAGCGGCGCGUCGCGGAGAUCAUGCCGGGGGACGUCGUGCUGCUCGCGGACGCGCGGUUCAAGGGGCACAAGGGGCUGGGCGGGGUGGGCAAGGGGUACGCGCUGACGGUCGGCGCGGAGGGCGGGCCGCUGAUCGGGAUAGUGAGCGAGUUUGAAGGGAGGAAGAGCAAGGUAAGGGUGAUCCAGGCGAGCGUGGGCGUCGGGCAGGGGAGCGUGGAGAGUGUUAGUUAUCGGCUGGAGGAUAUGAAGAGCGGGGUGUGUAAGGUGUUCCGUGUGUUGCCGGCGGCGUAG